UCUCUCUCUCUCUCUCUCUCGCUGCAAAUGUGAUCAACGAGAGCUGCGAGUGAAGCUCAGCAGAAAGAAAAAGGAAAUGGCGAGCAAUAAUAAUAAUAGUAGUAGUAGCGGUAAUAUUCCGGUGAGUGAAGUCUACUGGUCUCUGGUGGAUAAAGCCGACAAAAAGUUCUCCAAAAUCAGGGAUUUACCCUAUUAUCAGCGCAAUCGGUAUGAUACUUAUUUUUACAAGGUAUUCAAGGUUUACACACAGCUCUGGAAAUUUCAACAAGAGAAUCGGCAGAAGCUUGUGGAAGCGGGACUCAAGAGGUGGGAGAUUGGAGAGAUUGCAUCUCGGAUUGCACAGCUUUAUUUUGGGCAGUAUAUGCGGACAAGUGAGGCAGGUUACUUAUCAGAAUCUUAUGUAUUCUAUGAAGCAAUACUGAGUCGGGAAUAUUUCAAGGAAGGAUUGCUUCAGGAUCUCAAUCUUGCUAAUAAACAACUGAGGUUUUUUGCUAGGUUUAUGAUGGUGUGUUUGGUUUUGAAUCGAAGAGAAAUGGUGCAUCAGUUGGUUAGUCAGCUCAAAAUGUUGGUUGAUGAGUGUAAGCGGACAUUUCAGGAAGCAGACUUUAAAGAAUGGAAGCUGGUGGUUCAAGAAAUAGUUAGAUUCUUGAAAGCUGAUACAACUUUCAUGAACACCAGGCCUUUAAGAUAUAGUCUUGUACUAGAUCCCAGUCCUGAUUGUUUACCUCAAGUUUCCAUAUCUAUCGGAAAGAGAAAUUUAAGAUUACGUGAUGCAAUACUGAGCAGCUACCACCAUAAUGAGGUCAAGUUUUCAGAGCUCACUUUUGACACUUUUAGGAUGCUUCAAUGUUUGGAGUGGGAGCCUAGUGGCUCAUUCUACCAGUCAGGUGGUGCUUCUUUAAGUGGGAUGGGUACUAAAAUUGGUCAAAAUGGAUCCCCUGGUCCUAGCCGCAUAAACUACUCUCAUGAUAUUACUGAUCCUACUUUGCCCCCUAAUCCACGGAAAGCCAUUUUAUAUCGACCAUCCAUUACACAUUUUAUAGCAGUUCUGGCCACUAUUUGUGAGGAGCUUCCCCCUGAUGGAGUUCUCUUGAUUUAUUUAUCAGGUUCAGGAAGAGGCCGACAGACUAUUGUACCUUCUUAUGGUGCUGGAACAAGUCUUGACACUACUGAAAACAUUGUCAGGAGCUUUCAAUCUCAUAACAUCCACUCUGAAGCAAACUCCACUUCUCCAUUUCGCUCCCCAUCUGAUAGCCCUAACCCUUCUUCUGGCAAAGUAAAGAAGAUUGCAUAAUGCCAUUCUGGUUGCUUACAUAUUGGCAGUCGUGGAAAUGGAGGUUUAAAUUUCAUUUACCCUUGCGACUUGAUUCCCUUUACAAGAAGGCCACUUUUUUUAGUUAUUGACAGUGACAGCAGUGAAGCAUUCAAGGGAAUAAAUGGAGCAGAAAAAGGAGAGCCAGCCGCAAUGCUCCUAUCUCCAAGCUCUUUAUCUCCUCCUGUUGCUGCUGUUGAUACCUCUCGUCAUCCCACUGGAAGUCUUUUCACCAUUUUCCUCACUGCUCCUUUGCAAGCUUUCUGUCUCCUGCUUGGUUUUUCCGGCUCUGAUGUGGAAAUGGAUCUCUAUAGCAAGGCUGAGAAGCUGCUUUCCUCGUCAUUAAAUGACUGGGGAUUGACUUUGGCAACUUCAGACACACUUGAUCCUGCUUGGGCGCAGAUUCUAAGUGAUCCCUUCCUAAGGCGAAUUCUAUUAAGAUUCAUAUUUUGUCGGGCAGUCCUUACAUUAUAUGCUCCAACAUUCAACAAGAAAGAAUUCCUCCCUGAAUGCCUGCCCUGCCUUCCAAUGGCGGUCCAUCCAACAACUACUGCAUCCCAGACUAUGGUCCUGCAAAUAGCCAGCAUCUUCAGUGCAACCAACCGGUUCAUCUUUUCAGAAGGAAUCAUGCUUCCUGAGGACAGACACAGUGACAGGGAGUCGAUUUCAUCUUCAUGAAGCAGAUCUUGGUGCAGCAAAACGGCUCUGAAACUGUAAAAUUUGUGAAGCAAAUGGCUUCUUUUCCCAUUAGAUUGAUUUGAAAUUCAAGCAGUUUGUGAACUCUGUUGAAGAACAUGGUCCUACCGAUCGGAUGGUGAGUUCAUUCGCCUUGUGAGGAUGCUGUAGAGCAAACAUUUAUCGAAAAGAUUCCCAACUGCCCCUUUCUUUGUGUGAGGUAAUUGCAAUUCUUCAUCUUGUGCCUUUAUUUUUCAUUUGACAAUGAAAAUUGGGAUGGCUGGCUCUGGACGGGGUUAUGAUUUUCCUGAA